AUUUUAGUCACAUUUUACGAUACUGAGGAUAUGCUGAUCGUGAAGGCUUACAAUGUCACUCGUCUUUGCAACAUCGUCCUUAAACUUAUUCAACGUGCCUAGCAGUGUACCAAAUAAUCGUUUAUUUCGUUGUUUUGUAGCUGCAUCGGUAUCUGUUAGGCGUGGUCUUUUGACCUAACAUUCACAGUGAAACAUGCCAAAAACAGUUAGAACGAUCAAGCAACAAAAGUCUCUCUGUUCAAUUUUCAUAGUUCACCUCCUCGUUUGGCUGCUCGACGGAAGAGCCUGUAUCGUCUGUUUGCCUUUUAAGAGCUUUAUUCGUUUCAGACACGACUAUGCUUGACUGCACCAUGAGGAAGUUAUAAUCCGAAUAGUGUAUAUUGUUAAAAAGACGAGCGUACAAGUUCCUUCUCAGAGACAGAGAAGAAAAGAAAAAAAAAUGGGCGGAAUGUAUAUUUCAGUCUUUUUCUUGUUCCUGCCACAACGCAAGAAAUCAUUAGAUCCAAACGAGGAAACGCUUGCCUCACCAGUUUUCUCCUUGUUCAAACUUUUUUUUUUUUUUAAAAAACAGCAACAAUCUAGGAAUAGUAUGUUAGCUGGAGAUAAGAGAACGAGCUAUUGUUUUGAUCAACUGAAAGAUAAAUUCGCUGAAGUUUAUCCUCCUGCAACAGACGACGAGUUGCAGAGCCUUAUUGUAAACCUAGAAGCAUCAAAUGAAGGGCUAGCCAUCGGUAUACCAGACGACUUAUCAUCAUUAUGGCGUAUAUCUUCUGAGUGGCAUUUGAUUAAAGACCAUUACAACGUGUUUGGUUUCAACAUUUAUAGCCCUCAGCAGGUUAUUCCUGUCACAAAUGAUAUUUUUGGUGGCUCUGAAGACGUACGACAAGAAUGGGUCAUGAUGUCAGGACAGGAGCAAGAAUCGUGCGGAUCAGCCGGCUGGAUGUGUAUAGCUAGCUAUUCUGAGUACGAUUACAUAUUUAUGAAUUUUAACAAAAGAUCACGCAUGUUUGGAACAACCAGGCAUAUGGUGAAUAACACGAACGAAGAUAAUGCUUUAACAAACCCACCAUUUUCAAAUUUUAUCGAGUAUGUGUUGGACUUUGUGGAAGGAUACCAACAAGAAUAAAGAUAAAUGUUCCUCAGUAAAGGUUGAGUGGCAAUAUAUGAAUGCAAGUACAUUGCAGAACUCAUAUCAUUCGAUAGCGCUCUAAUAAAAAAAAAGCCCAAGAGUAAAACGCAAACUUGAAUUCUAUGUUUGAUUGAUAAAACUACCAUGGCUGCUUUCAUGAGAUAAACUAGCAGAUUUGGGUAUUCCCAAGGGCAUAAAGCAUAUAUAAAAACUCUUAAAACUCAUCCUAUAGUCUGAUAUUACGGGGACCAAAGUUUACUAGUUUAUAACCUAGCCGCACCUAAAAUUAUUGUUUAAUUAUCAAGUUUUUCGCGCAACAAAUCGUAUCAUUGCUCUGCCUCAUUAUUAUUGUAGAUCG